AUGGAGGAAGCGGCUGGAGAAGACGAAGUGGGUUUCUGGGUUUUGGCUGAAAUCUGCUCCUCAGAUGGAGAAGACGAAGUGGGGGGAGCUUCUUCAGGCUGUAGGAAGCUGUGCAGCUAUGAAUUCACCGAAAUACAGCUGUGGCUGUGCAAAGCUAUGGAGGAGGAGAUAGACAGACGAAAUCGAUCUGUUGAUCUAUUGAAGAAUGAGCUUGGAUUUGAUGAGGCUUUUAACUAUAAAGAAGAGGCUGACUUGAAUGCGGCUUUCAAAAGGUAUUUCCCUGAAGGCAUUGAUAUUUACUUUGACAAUGUUGGAGGCAAAACGCUAGACGCAGUGCUCCUCAACAUGAGAGUCCAUGGCCGCAUUGCUGUAUGUGGAAUGAUCUCACAGUACAAUCUUGAUCAAGCAGAAGGGGUAACAAAUUUGAUGCACCUUGUGUACAAACGUAUCCGCCUCCAUGGAUUUUCGGUAAGAGAUCACUAUCACAUCCAUCCGAAAUUCGUGGAGUUUAUGCUGCCUUACAUUAGGCAAGGAAAGAUUGUUUAUGUGGAAGACAUAGUUGAAGGCCUUGAGAGUGGUCCAAGAGCGCUGGUUGGACUUUUUAAGGGUCUUAACUUUGGAAAACAAGUAGUUGACGUCUCUGCAUGA